AUGUCGGACCAACACCGCGAUGUCUCGCAGUACAAGUACUCGGCCAUGUCCAACCUGGUCCUCCAGGCGGACCGUCGCUUCGUCACGCGACGGACCGACGAGACUACGGGUGACCCCGAGUCGCUCGCCGGUCGGCUGAGCAUCAAGGAUAUGGGCGGGCGUGUUGCCCGUGAUGAGGCGCCCCAACAGAAGAAGCCGUCUGCCAUGCCGUCGGUUCAGCGCGGCAAUCUGCAGGAGGGCGAAGACAUUCUGCUGCGCGAACAGAGGAAACGCAAGGGAGAGUCGUCUCAGGCCAGGGCAUCUGGCAUCAUCGGCGCCAACGAGGCUCUCAUCGAGGGCAUCACCUACCGACCGCGCACACAGGCGACACGCGCCACCUUCGACCUGAUCCUAACCAUUGUGGCCGAGAACCUGGGCGACGUGCCCCACGAGGUCGUGCGCAGUGCAGCGGAUGCCGCCCUCGAGUACCUGAAGGACGAUGACCUCAAGGAUCUCGACAAGAAGAAGGAGAUUGAUGAGAUUCUGGGCGCUACCAUGAACUCUAAGCAGUUCAACGAGCUGGUCAACCUGGGAAAGAAGAUUACCGAUUACGACGCUCAAGAUGACGACGAGGAUGUCGACAUGGGAGGCGCCGAUGGCGAAGACGCCGAGAUCGACGAGCGCGAGGGUGUCGCCGUCGCAUUCGACGAGGACGAGGAAGACGAAGAAGGGGGUAUCGUGAACGAGGUUCACGACGAGUCCUCCGAGGACGAGGAGGAAGAUAGAGAAGAAGAAGACAAGGACGCAGCCUCUCAAGAUGAGGACGACGCUUUGGGGGUCGAGGAUGAGAUGAUCUUGGACGCCGGUCCUGCAGGCGACAAGCAGAAAGAGAAGGACGGGAAUGUCGUUGCGGCGCGCGAGAUCGAUGCCUUCUGGCUUCAGCGACAGAUUGGUGCCCUCUACCCUGAUGCCCAUGAGCAAACCGACAAGACCAAGGAGGCUCUGCGCAUCCUCUCUGGCGAGCCAGACGAACCCCAGGGCGAGGAGAAACCCCUGCGCGAAAUCGAGAACGACCUCAUGGAGUUGUUCGACUUCGAGCACCACGAGCUGGUCCAGAAGCUUGUCGGGAAUCGCGAAAAGGUCUUUUGGCUUACGAAGCUGGCCCGCGCCGAAGCGGCGGAUCAGCGCGAGGCUGUCGAGAGAGAGAUGGUCUCCGAGGGCCUGCGAUGGAUUCUGAAUGAGCUGCACGGAAAGACUGCAUCGGACGAGAAGAAGAAGGGAAAGAUGGAUAUCAAGAUGGACAUCGUCGUCCCAUCAUCGCUCACCGAGGCACCGAAGCAAGAAAAGGCCGACGGGCAGCUCGUCGGAGGCUUGCAACCCAGGAAGACGAUCAACCUGGACAACCUCGUGUUUGACCAGGGCAACCACCUGAUGACCAAUGCCAAGGUUAGGCUUCCCGAGGGGUCGACGAAGCGCAGCUUCAAGGGCUACGAAGAGAUUCAUGUCCCCGAACCCAAGAAGCGCAACGACCCUGGCGAGAAGCUGAUACCCAUUACCGACAUGCCCGAGUGGGCUCGCACACCCUUCAGCACCGCCAAGUCGCUCAACCGCAUUCAGACCAAGUGCUACCCUUCGGCGUUUGGGGACGACGGCAACAUGCUCAUCUGUGCCCCCACCGGUAGUGGAAAGACCAACGUUGCCAUGCUGACGAUUCUGCGGGAGCUUGGCAAGCACCGUAACCCCGAGACAGGCGAGCUCGACUUGGACUCCUUCAAGAUUGUCUACAUUGCUCCCCUGAAGGCCCUGGUCCAAGAGCAGGUCGGCAACUUUGGCAAGAGGCUGGAGCCCUACGGCGUCCGCGUGUCCGAGUUGACAGGUGACCGUCAGCUCACCAAACAGCAAAUCGCCGAGACGCAGAUCAUCGUCACCACCCCCGAGAAGUGGGACGUCAUUACCCGCAAGGCUAACGACCUCACCUACACGAACCUGGUGCGCCUCAUCAUCAUCGACGAGAUCCACUUGCUGCACGACGAGCGUGGCCCGGUGCUCGAGAGCAUCGUCAGUCGCACCAUGCGCAAGUCCGAGCAGACGGGUGAGCCUGUCCGCAUUGUUGGUCUGUCGGCCACCCUGCCCAACUACCAGGAUGUGGCCGGCUUCCUGCGUGUCGAUGCCGAGAAGGGCCUGUUCCACUUUGAUGGUUCCUAUCGACCCUGCCCACUGCGACAAGAGUUUGUUGGUGUCACCGACCGCAAGCCGAUCAAGCAGCUGAAGACGAUGAACGAUGUGACCUACAACAAGGUCAUGGAGCACGUCGGUACCAACAGGAACCAGAUGCUCAUUUUCGUCCAUUCGAGAAAGGAGACGGCCAAGACGGCACGGUACAUUCGCGACAAAGCCCUGGAGAUGGAGACCAUCAACCAGAUCCUCCGCCACGAUGCCGGAAGCCGUGAGAUCCUCAACGAGGCCGCCAACCAGGCCUCCGACAAGGAACUCAAAGAUGUCCUGCCAUACGGCUUCGGUAUCCACCACGCUGGCAUGAGCCGCGCCGACAGGACCGAUGUCGAGGACCUCUUCUCCCAGGGCGCUAUUCAGGUUUUGGUAUGCACGGCCACCCUGGCCUGGGGUGUCAACCUACCAGCCCACACUGUCAUCAUCAAGGGCACCCAGGUCUACUCCCCCGAGAAGGGUACGUGGGUUGAGCUGAGCCCACAAGAUGUGCUCCAGAUGCUCGGCCGUGCUGGGCGGCCACAGUUCGACACGUAUGGUGAAGGCAUCAUCAUCACGACGCAGAGCGAGAUCCAGUACUACCUGUCACUGCUCAACCAGCAGCUGCCCAUCGAAAGUCAGUUUGUUAGCAAGAUGGUCGACAACCUGAACGCUGAGGUUGUCCUGGGCAAUGUCCGUACGCGCGACGAAGGCGUCGAGUGGCUGGGCUACACGUACCUGUUUGUGCGCAUGCUCCGUUCGCCUGGUCUGUAUCAGGUCGGAGCUGAGUAUGAGGACGACGACGCGCUCGAGCAGAAACGUGUGGACCUGAUACACUCGGCCGCCAUGGCGCUCCGAAGGGCCAACCUGAUCAAGUACGAUGAGAAGACGGGCAGGCUUCAGUCAACGGAGCUCGGUCGCAUCGCGUCGCACUACUACAUCACCGCCGGAUCCAUGGACACCUACAACAACCUCAUCCAGCCCUCAACUACGACUAUCGAGCUCUUCCGCGUCUUCUCGCUCAGUGCCGAGUUCAAGUAUAUCCCUGUGCGCCAGGACGAGAAGCUUGAGCUUGCCAAGCUGCUGGGUCGCGUCCCCGUGCCUGUAAAGGAGAGCAUCGAGGAACCGCAUGCCAAGAUCAAUGUCCUCCUGCAGGCUUACAUCUCGCGCCUCAGCCUCAACGGCUUGGCCCUCAUGGCCGACAUGGUGUACGUGACGCAGAGUGCCGGACGUAUUCUGCGAGCCAUCUUCGAGAUCACGCUCAAGAAGGGUUGGGCAUCAGUGGCCAAGACCGCGCUCGACCUCUGCAAGAUGGCCGAGAAGCGCAUGUGGCCGACGAUGACGCCCCUGCGACAGUUCCCCACCUGCCCUCGAGACGUUGUCCAGAAGUCGGAGAGGACUGAGGUAGGGUGGAGCAACUACUUUGACCUCGACCCGCCGCGCAUGGGUGAGCUCCUGGGCAUGCCGAAGGCCGGACGCACCGUCUGCAAUCUCGUGUCCAAGUUCCCCCGUCUCGAUGUGCAGGCCCAGGUCCAGCCUCUGACAAGAUCGAUGCUCCGUGUCGAGCUGGCCAUCACGCCCAAUUUUGAGUGGGAUGACGCUGUUCACGGUGCUGCCGAGAGCUUCUGGAUCUUUGUCGAGGACAGCGAUGGCGAGGACGUGCUGUACCACGACACGUUCCUGCUCCGCAAGGACUACGCGGAAUCCGAGUCCAACGAGCAUCUCGUCACCUUCACCGUUCCCAUAACCGAGCCCAUGCCUCCCAACUACUUCGUCUCUGUCGUGUCUGACCGGUGGAUGCACGCCGAGACGAGACUUGCCGUCCCCUUCCAGAAGCUCAUCCUGCCCGAGAAGUUCCCGCCACACACGGAGCUGCUUGACCUGCAACCCCUCCCGGUCUCUGCCUUGAAGGUGCAGAGCUACGUCGACCUCUACCCUGACUGGAAGCAGUUCAACCGUAUCCAGACCCAGACGUUCAACUCCCUGUACAAGGCGGACCAGAACGUCUUUGUCGGUGCGCCGACUGGCAGCGGAAAGACUGUCUGCGCCGAGUUUGCGCUCCUGCGCCACUGGAGCCAGUCCGACCCGGGGCGCGCAGUGUACAUCGCGCCCUUCCAGGAGCUCGUCGACUCUCGACUGCAGGACUGGCAGAAACGUCUUAGCCACCUGAAUGGAGGCAGGGAGAUCGUCAAGCUCACCGGCGAGACGGCAACGGAUCUCAAGCUCUUGGAGAAGGGCGAUCUGAUCCUCGCUACGCCCACGCAGUGGGAUGUCCUAUCGAGGCAGUGGAGACGGCGCAAGAACGUGCAGACGGUGAACCUCUUCAUUGCCGAUGAGAUCCAUCUGCUCGGCAGCUCCCUGGGCUAUGUGUAUGAGAUCAUCGUGUCUCGUAUGCACUAUAUCCGCACGCAGAUUGAGAGCCCCAUGAGGAUUGUCGCGCUCGGCGUCUCCCUCGCCAAUGCCCGCGAUAUCGGCGAGUGGAUCGACGCCAAGAAGCACGACAUCUACAACUUUACGCCUCAUGUCCGGCCCGUGCCGCUCGAGCUUCACGUCCAGUCCUUCAACAACCCCCACUUCCCGUCGCUGAUGUUGGCCAUGGCCAAGCCUACCUACCUGGCCGUGACGCAGAUGUCUCCCGACAAGCCGGCCAUGAUCUUUGUGCCGACGAGGAAGCAGACGCGCAACACUGCCCGCGACCUCCUGGCGGCCUGCUUCAUCGACGAUGACGAGGACCGAUUCCUCCACGCCGAUGUCGAGCAGAUGCGCCCUCUCCUAGACCGAGUUCACGAGGAGGCGCUGGCCGAGUCGCUGUCCCACGGUGUCGGCUACUACCACGAGGCGCUGAGCGUCAGCGACAAGCGCAUCGUCAAGCACCUCUACGACAACGGCGCCAUCCAGGUCAUCGUGGCCUCUCGUGACGUCUGCUGGGAGCUGGCCAGCACCGCUCACCUCGUCGUCGUCAUGGGCACUCAGUUCUUCGAGGGACGCGAGCACCGUUACGUCGACUACCCGGUCGAGGAGGUGCUCCAGAUGUUUGGCAAGGCGCUGCGACCGUCCGGGGACGGUAGGGGCCGGGGCGUGCUGAUGCUGCCCCAGGUGAAGCGCGACUACUACAAGAAGUUCCUGAACGAAGCUCUGCCCGUCGAGUCGCACCUGCACAACUACCUGCACGACGCCUUCGUGACCGAGAUCAGCACCAAGAUGAUUGAGUCGGGAGAGGACGCCAUGAACUGGACGACGUUCACGUACUUUUACCGCCGCCUCCUGGCCAACCCCAGCUACUACAGCCUGACAGGCACAACGCACGAGGCCCUGAGCAGCUACAUGACAGACCUCGUCGAGACGACGCUGGGCGAGCUGAGCGAGUCCAAGAUCAUCGAAUACGACGACGAAGACGGUUCCGUGUCCCCGCAGAACGCCGCCAUGAUUGCGGCCUACUACAACAUCUCGUACAUCACCAUGCAGACCUUCCUCCUGUCGCUGAGCGUGCGCACCAAGCUCAAGGGCAUCCUCGAGAUCGUCACGUCGGCCACGGAAUUCGAGACGAUUCAGAUCCGCCGCCACGAGGAGGGCCUGCUGCGCCGCAUCUACGACCGCGUCCCCGUCAAGAUGUCGCAGCCGUCGUUCGACUCGCCCCACUUCAAGGCGUUCGUCCUGCUCCAGGCACACUUCUCCCGCAUGCAGCUGCCUAUUGAUCUGUCCAAGGACCAGGAGGUGCUGCUGUCGCGCGUCCUCAGCCUGCUCAGCGCCGUGGUGGACAUUCUGUCGUCCGACGGACAUCUCAACGCCAUGAACGCCAUGGAGAUGUCGCAGAUGGUCGUCCAGGCCAUGUGGGACAGGGACAGCCCGCUCAAGCAGAUUCCUCACUUCUCGCCUGAAGUUGUGAAGGUGGCAAACGAAUUCGAGGUCAAGGACAUCUUUGACUUCAUGGAGGCCAUGAAUCCCGAGGAGAACCCCAACUACAAUGCUCUGGUCAAGAAGCUCGGCCUGUCGCAGAACCAGCUCGCCCAGGCUGCCGAGUUCACAAACGACAAGUACCCCGACCUGGAGCUCGAGCAUGAAGUCCUCGACACGGACGAGAUCAGGGCAGGCGAGCCCGCUUACCUCAGCAUCAAGAUAACGCGCAACGUCGACGAAGACGAGGAGGGCGGCGGCGGCGAGCACGACUCCACAGUCCACGCGCCCUUCUACCCCAACCGCAAGAUGGAGAACUGGUGGCUCGUUGUCGGUGACGAGAAGACCAAGAACCUCCUGGCCAUCAAGCGCGUCACCAUCGGCCGCGAGCUCAGCACGCGCCUCGAGUACACGGUACCCGCACCAGGCGACCACAGUCUCAAGCUGUUCCUCAUGAGCGAUAGCUACAUCGGUGUCGAUCAGGAGCGCGAGUUCUCGGUCACAGCAGCUGAGGGUAUGGAUGUCGAUGAGGACGAUGAUGACGACGAGGACGAGGAGGAAUAA